GGGCUUCAUGGCAUCAGAGGAGGACCGAGGACAUUCGAGAAUCGAGAAACAAAAGCCUGGAAGAGAAAGAGGAGGCUCUCUUCUAAUCUGUAAUAACCAACGGAGUUGCAGAAAUGCCGCUACUUGUCAACACGUCCCUCGCAUGGGCACAGGUAAUGGUGAAGCAACCAAGUGCCAGUGGAAGAGAUGACCCAUUCAAACACAUGCGAAGAACAAGCCUAGGUUUGUGGAAUUGCACUCAAAGAGGAGCAAGUGUUGUCGUCAAAGCUUGUUUCUUCAAUCCCCGAGAGGAACCCUUGCUCAAAGAAGCUCUCAAGGAGCCAGUUGCUUUCAUGGGUGGGAUUCUUGCAGGCCUCUUAAGGCUUGAUUUAGAUGAAGAUCCACUAAAGGAGUGGGUAACGAGAACAGUGGAAGCUGCUGGAAUCACAGAUGAAGAAAUUGAUGUUGAUGGGUCGAAAGCAGAUGAAGAAGUCCCACAACAGAUUGAUAUCGAGUGACCCGACCUGGAUUACUGCCACUGGUGUACAAUAAACGUGUAUUGACACAUGAUUAUAUUUGAUAAAAGCAAAUCUAAAGGCACGUCUUUUCUGGGAUGAUGCAGGACUGUAAUUCAUCUACGGCUCAAUACAGUUCUAAUCCCAAUCGUGGAUCCUUGUUCAAGUUUGUAAAUUAAGUUAUCAUUUAUUAAUACAUUA